AUGUCCUUCGAGAAUGCUCCUGUCACCAAAGGGCUGAUGAUGGCAUGGGCCUUUACCUCCCUUGUCGGUGGUGUCUUUGAUGUGAAGCAUUACCUUAAUGUUCAACUUGUACCGCAUAUAUCGCGCCACCACCAGUACUGGCGGCUGGUAGCGCAGAAUGCAGCGUUUGCAAAUUCCAGCGACCUCCUCGUGGCUGAGUUCCUGUUGUUCAAUGCUGGCAUCCACGUAGAACGGAUGUUUGGCACUUGCAAGUUCGCGUCCUUUGCUGUGGUGACUAUGCUCAUGUCGACGCUCAUGGAAUUCCUUGGCCUCUUGAUCUUCCACCAUGUCGGCCUCAACUUCAUCCCGGGAGGACCCAUACCCUUAAUCUUUGCAAUAAUAUACCAAUGGUUCAGACUCGUACCCUCAGCGUAUGAAUUCAGGAUAUUCGGCGUAGCCCUCAGCAAUAAGAUAUAUACUUACGUCCUCGUGGCCCAGAUCGCUUUCGGCAAUCUACCAGGCUCAUUAGCUGCCAGCCUCGUCGGCCUGGUCGCAGGCGUCAUCUACCGUUCCGACAUGGUCAACCUUAAGCACUGGCGCGUGUCACCCGCCGUCGCGCGGUUUUCUAGGAAAUUCAUCCUCCCUCUCCUCGGAUCGAUGCGUCCGCCGCGGCGCCUCACCCGUGCUGUCCCCGCCGCGCGUGUAUCUCCUCAGUCGACGGACAGCUCGUUCGUAAAUGAAGAAGUCAUCACGACAGCUAGGCCUGCGCCGCCGCCCACGACCCGCAAUCGAGGCUCAGGAGAAGGUUCUGUCGUUCGAGGAUGGGUCAAUGAGCUGACAGGGCGAGGCGAUAACGCCGCGGCCGAGACGCAUGUGCCCAACGAGAGCGAGAUUUCACAGUUGACAAGCAUGUUCCCAGACAUUCAACGAGAUGUCAUCGUCGCGGCCCUGCAAAGGAGGUGCGGCUUUCUCCAUGUGUAUCUUUCGACAGUUGACUGA